AAACCGAACGAGUUCAAUGGUUACACGUUAGCAAAAAGAAUAUCGUUUGGGUCAUUUCCCAUUUCCCAUUUCCCGCGCAUUUUCGUCCUUUUCAUAGAUUUUCUUCUUCUUUACUUCUGCAAACCGUCCUAAUCAGAUUCAGAGCAGGCCCCGAUUCAUCAUCGGUUUUAUCUUUCAAACCCAACAAUCAAUCACACACUUCUCAAAAAUCCGAGUUCCAUCUUUGCGGAACCCUAAACUGAGUAAACUAAUGUCCCUUCGAAUAUUUGUGUGUGGAUUUUGAUGUUUUCUCUCCUGUUCGACAAACCAAGGAGGGGAAAUAUCAAUAUGGAAGAUAAUAGUGGGGAACAAAGAAUGAAGCUCCAAAGAACAAGUAAGGAUGUGGAUUUUAGUGAUCUACCGGAUUCUAUUUUGUGUCACAUUCUCUCCUAUCUUCCUACCAAAGAAGCUAUGAUGACGAGCUUUUUAAGCAAGGGAUGGGGAUCUCUAUGGACCUCUAUUCCACUAAUUGACUUAGACGAGAGGCAAUUUAUUGGACGAACUCGAAAUUUGAAGCAUAAUGUCUCUGGGGUUAAUUUUCAGCAGCAGAAGAAAUUUUCUGAUUUUGUUGAAAGGUUUAUUGAUUUUCAUGGAGGCUUGAAUGUACCGGAGAUUCGACUACGGUUUGAUGUUGGAAGUUAUCUCAAGUUUUCUUCUCGUGCCGAAAGGUGGGUUCGUACUGUGAUGACUACUGAUGCUACGGCAAUUGAUAUAGAUUUUUCUGGUAAAAGCUUGGAUUGGUCAGACAUGAACAAGAAUAUGUAUACUUUGCCUUCAUGUGGGUUCCCAUCCAGAUCAUUGACGGCUUUAAGAUUAAGAUUUUGUGAGUUUAAACCCUUGCAGAACAAUAGCUUUGUGUCUCUUCAAACUGUAAGUUUGACGGCUGUAAAAGUAUCCGAUUCCUCAGUUAAUGCUCUGAUAUGUGAUUCUCCAUGCCUAGAAAACUUGCAUCUGGAGUGCUGUUAUGUUCCCAAUUCUUUUCAUGUUGAAGCUCCUGCAUCAUCACAUCUCAAGUUUAUGGUGGUUGAUAACUGUGUUACUCCAGGACAUAAAUUCAUUGAACAUUUCUCUAUAAAUAUUCCAAGCCUUCAGAGCUUUAAGUUUAAGGGUAUUAUAAAUGACUUCUCUGUGAAGAACUUGAGGAAUUUGAUUGAUGCUGAAAUUGACGAGCAAAAUGAGUACAAUGGGUUUGAAGAUCGUGAAUACCGCAUGGUAUGUGAGCUAUUCAAUGGUCUUGGUCAUGUCCAGGUUCUAACACUAUCUAGCUGGUUUCUCGAGGUAUGUUUCUUGCUUGCAUACUUUGUCAGGAGUGUUGUUUUUAGUCAAAUUCAGUUCAUGUUUCAUGGAAAUUGUUAUGAACCCAGGAUAUGGCGAUGGCUGAUGUGCUUUCAUCUGUUGAACUCUACCCAUAUUGAGACACUUUGACAUUGAUUAUUUUAAAAUUGUUUUUCCCCCAAUAUCCAUGAAAAUUGAUAUCUAGUUGUUGAUUAUUUAGGCUCUAUGUUAGCCCUGAAUUGAGGGCAAAAGGACCAAGACCUCAAAGGAGGAAGAAAAUCUCCGGAUUAGUGUAGAGGAGAAUGGGACAAUGUUUAAAUAUUUAUGCAUCCAACAAUUUGAAAAGGGUUUUGAGGAAAGGGAUAUAGGUCUAUGCAUACCCUAUUAAUAUUGUGCCAAUGAGAAAAGGCAUUAGAAAACAUAAUGCAUCAAGGAAUCUUAAUUGCAUCAUGAGAGGCUGAGUCAGGAUAAUUUUGACGAAUAGCCUUUGUUGUUCUUUCUUAGUUUCUAUUUGGGAGGCCAUUAUUGGAUUUUCUUGGAAUUACGGAUGGGCU